AUGGAUGAGAGUCGAGUCGAAGUCAAUCGACCUAAUCUGUCGCAAACUCAGAGAUCAAAUGUUGCGUACAGUCCGAGACAAGGUAUUCCACCUGCCUCUUCUUCUGCCGAGUCUAAUGAAUCAGUUAAGGCACCGGUUAUAAAUAGAAAUAAGUGUUCCUAUUGUAAACGAUUUGGACAUAAUAAAGACGCUUGUGAGAAGUUGUCAUAUAAAAAUCAGCAAAGUAAAAAGGAGUCGAUACCCCAGUUGACUUGUUUUGGAUGUGGUGCACCGGGAGUGAUUCGGUCGAAUGGCGCCAUAUGUAAAGGGAAUAAACCCGUGGUGUCAACCAGUAGUGACUUUCAUUCGGUUUCAGCAAGUGUAGACUGUAUGGAUUCGCGUUUGCGCCCAGUGAUUAGUAUUGGAAUUUAUGGCGCUAGUGGUAAAGUUUUAGUAGACACUGGUGCAAAACAUUGUGUAGGAAGUGUUAGCCUUAGAUCCCUGUUAAUUAAGAAUAGACAUAAGUUAGAUACUGUUUAUACUGAACUUAAAUAUGCGGAUGGUCGUGCAUGUGCACAAAACGUUGAAGUGGCGCACGUCCGCGUAACCUUGAGAGGGAUAACGUUAGGUGUGGAUUUUAUUAUGCUUCCUAACGCGACGGAAAGUUUAUUAGGUAUGAAUUUUAUACAAGACAUUGGCAUGGUUUUAGAUUUUCAGCGCGGUAUUUGGUUUUUGAGAGGUGAUAAGACGCCCCAACCCAUUGAAUAUGAGUGUAAGUCUUUGCCGCCUAUCAAUUGCUCUUCUAACAUGAGGACAUAUGAUAAGCAUCGCAGAAGUUCUCCAUCUUAUAAAUUGGGUGAUCUUGUGCUGGUGGAGGCACAUCUAGUUAGCAACGCUUCAAAGGGGUUUAGCCGUAAGUUCGCGCCAAGACGGGAGGGACCUUAUCGCAUAUCUCAAAUAGCCAGUCCUUCGUCUUUUGUAGUGUCCGAUAGCCAAGGACAUGUUAAGGGCAAAUACCAUGCCAGUGCCUUAACGCCGUAUGUAGGGAUUUCUAAGGCCAUUGUACAUCAGAGACGGCGUGGCCGACCAACCAAGUCACAGCCGGGUCGUCCUUGUGACUUGGAGGGGGAGGCUAUAGCGCGUAGUAAUAUACCCGCCGCACCUAACGUCCCUAUUCGCCCUUGUCCCCCGCGACGCUCCCCGCGUUUCCGUGCGCCUGACGGCGCCCGCGCUUCCACCCCGGCAGUGAGCCAG